ACUUUCUUGGCUGGCCUUGGGCCGCCGUAUCUCAAAAUAUUGGGACUUUUUGCUACCUCCGCUCACCGCACUAUCACCAACGUGCGUGCUUGAGUAUCGAGCGAACCGUCUGUCUGCGAUAACAAUGGCUAAUCAUUGCUAAUGACAGAGGGAACUGUUUGCCCUAUCUCUUUCGUCAAGGAUACUCUGUUCCCUUACGCCUUGAAAGCACUUUCGAGCGUCAUCCAGGAAAGAUGGGACUCUGCGGACUUCAAACCUUACCGUGAUGCCUUCCCUACCGAGGCUCAAGCAUCUCCAGAAGCAUUUGAAGCUCACGUUAAGGACCUGACGGCCCGCGAUGUCAAGAUCGCCUAUCUCAAGAACCUGCAAGGCUAUCUAUGGCAGGCCGGUUACGAGAACGGUGCCUACUCUACCCCUCUGUUCGACGAUGUCGCUCCUCAACUCCAGCACUGGCAUGACUCAUCCAAGCAGCUUGUCAUCUACUCCUCAGGCAGCGUUUUCGCGCAGAAGCUCCUCUUCGGGCACGUUCAAGAUCCCCUCGGAGGAGCGGAUGAAAAGCGUACGCAAAACCUUCAAGGUUUGAUCGACGGCUGGUUUGACACGAUGAACGCUGGUCUGAAGCAUGAUGCUAGCAGCUACACCAAGAUCGCCGAGGAGUUGGGAAAGCCUGCUGACACCGUCCUCUUCUUGAGCGAUAACGUCAAGGAGGUCAAGGCUGCCAUCGAGGCAGGUAUGCAGUCUAUAGUUGUGGACAGACCUGGUAAUGCUCCCCUGAGCGAGGAAGACAAGAGCAAAUAUCAGGUCGUUGAGACACUGAAUGAGAUCAGUCUGUCUCCGGCACAGAUCGACCACAGAUUCUUCAAGCGAUAGAACAGC